ACCGCAUCCAGCAGCGCAAACUUAGUUUAGCCCGCCUGCUGUUUCGCUGCGCGUGUCAUGCCAUUGCGACACGCCUUGAUUCGCUCCUAGCAUCCUGCUCCCGUCUUGUCUCGUCUCCGUCGACAACGAUAAACGGCCGCAACCCUCGCCGCAGUCCCACCACUGACAUCCAUCGUCACCUGCGCGAGCCACCCGCUGCCACGCCAGGCCGCUCAAGGUUUCCCAGUCGUUCCCGUCUCGUCGGCGUGAGAGCUGCCUGUCCGCCCCGGAGCAUGCUCCAGUGCCAGCGUGUGGGAAUUAGCCUUCUCUUUCCUCCGCCGUGUCAAAUCAAGCCAUGGCCGAGCGCUCUCUCUUCGAUGCCCGGCCCUCGACUCCCACCGGUCCCUCGAGGACAUACAAACAAAGCACCUCAAUGAAGGCCCUCAACACCAACCCGCCCAAGCACGACACCUUCUUCGACGAUGCCACGCCCGUCGACGCCGUGAACGGCACCCCCAAGCACGACCCCCUGCGCGACUCCCAUGACCUAUCCUUUGCAGAGGUCGGCAAUGUCAGAGACUCGGUCGUGGAUAACAUGCUCUUGUCGCUCGACCAAUUCUCCUCUGGAAACCUGUUUGGCAGCCCCGGCCCCCGCUACCACCACUACGCCGACGACGACAACACCAACAGCAGCAGCUUCCUCCGCGACACGUCUUUCCGCCCGCCCGGCGCCCGCCACCGCGGCCACACGCACACGUCGUCGCGCUCGUCCGACUACGACGCCUCGCUCGACGACUACGCCCGCUACACGGUCCACCACUCGCGCGCCCGUCGCAGCAACAGCAGCAACAACAUCAACAGCAGCAACAACGGCCUCCUCUCGCGGCGGGGGAGCACCAGAGACGGUCCUUCGGGUCGGCAGGUCAACGGUUCCUACGGCCAGCUGGGCCAUCUGCGAGGCGGAAACACAAAGGGCAGCAUGGGCAGCGGGUCGUCGAGCAUGGAUUUUGGCCAGUCGGGCAUCUUGGGCAAUCAGCGGCUGGGCUUUGGGAAGCGCUCUGCGAGUUUUGACCAUAGCAAUGCAAGCGAGCGGGGGCGCAUCUCGCCACUCAAGGUCGAGUCCGUCCUGGACCGAGACCGUGUCGCGUACCAGACCUACCAUGAUGAUUACGAUGCCGCGCCAGAGCCAACCGUUCCGGCUGGUCCCCGACGAGUCCAGGAACCGCCGCAAUCCCCGCUAGCCCUUCCCCCGCAACCCUCGUACGCUUCGUCGCAAGCCUCUAGGCCUGGCCGCAGAGGUAGCGCCCACUCAAACACUAGCUACAAGACCUUGCGGAAAAACAAAAGUCAACCCGGGCCAAGCAUGCGAGCACAGGCCGAGGAGUUUGUCAACGCCAGCAGAUUGCGAGACCUUCCUCCCGUACCCUCGUGGCAAGACUCACUGACCCCCUCACCCGGCGUAGUCACCAGAAGCCCAUUGUUUUCUCCACAACCCCCGUCGACGGCAUCGGCGGCCGCAACAAUAACAACAGCAGCAACAACAACAACAACAACCACAGCGGCCGCCUCGUCAAGCUCCAAGCCUGGCUUCUUUCGCCGUGUCUUUGGCGGAGGAUCUGCAAAACCACAAGCGCAGCCAUCAAAUACCUCAACACUAUCAAACGCGCCACAAACAGAGUCAAUGCCACCCCCCAACAAGCUGCACACGGCAGAUGUCAAUUCGAUAUAUUCGUCCAAUCGACCACGCACCACACCCAACACCAGCACUGCGGCCCAAACCAGGCCCAUACCCAAAGCCCCCCAAACCGCAUCCUCUUCGCAUGCCGACACCCAACAGCCGUCCCAAGCGCCCACGCUAGGCAAGAAGCCAUCUUCCUUUUUCAGGCGUCGCAAGAAGUCGCUGUCCGAAAGCACCAAGCCCCCAGCCAUGGCUCUGGAUCACUCCCCACCACCGAGGCCCGUCUUACCCACCCAGCCCAGCCCAGGUGUCAGCAGUCUACGCAAGGUUAUGAACCCAUACCUGAAUGAUGCGGGGCGCACUGGCGACAAGACGCCGCGGGACCAGCAGCCCGAGGAUGACGUCGCAGACGACGACGAGCGCCCACAGGGCUUCUCCCCUGGCUACAAGCCCCACAAGGAUGCGACCGUUCGCACCGUGAACCCUGGCUCGCAAGGCCAUGAACAGACGCCCCCUGCCUCCCGUCACGAGCAAUUGAAGGUCUCUCAUCUGAGCAGUGCAAAUAGCCCCAAGCUGAAACUGAAACUGAAACACGGCAAGUCCACCAUCCCCGCCCCCCAGGAAGACAGCUUCCUUGCAGACAGCAGCAGCUGCAACGAAGAUCGCAGCGGUCGCGCGACACCCAUGGGUGAACAGAGUGGUGCGGAUGAAGUCCAGAGGCCGAGCCCUGGACCCACUUGGACCUUUCCCAAGCAGGCAGAGGGCAUGACCACCACCUCCACCACCACCACCAACAACAACAAGCCAUCAGACGACCAGCGCGCCGACCGGCUAUUGCCACACGAAGGCCCAGCAUCGAGAAGCGGCUCGGUAUCACAGUCCGCAUCCGCAUCCGAAGUCGAGGAUGACGGCUGGGUCAUUACCGAAGCAUCAGACAAGCUCUUCUCGUCGGGCAACAGGACCCCCGCCGAAAAGCGUGUAUGGCUCGAUACGACUGUUUCGGACGCUCUCGGCGAUACUACGGAUGACCUGGCUCUUCCUUUAGAGGGCAUAUUAUCGUUACAACCAUCACUGGACAAGUCGUUUUCCGCCUCUCCUAAGACGCAGACACCAACCACGCCCAAUGACAUAUUCUAUCUGGCAAACGAGCUGCCUAUAGUACAGGUUGAAAGCCGAGAUUCCGAAUCCGAAGCCAUGCCCACACAGGUUGAUGACCGGUCGUUGCACAGUGAGCCCACCGACGCCGAGCGUGAACGGGCGUUCCAGAUCUACAACGGAGACGACUCAUCUGGACUCAAGACACAGGCAGCUGCCAUGCUGGGCGAUGUUGGCCUCCCCAGCACCCGAACACGCAAGGCUUUCAUGGACUUGUUCGACUGGACUGGCUUCAAUAUCCUGGCUGCCAUGCGUGACCUUUGCGGCAAGAUUAUCCUCAAGGCCGAGACACAGCAAGUGGACCGCAUUCUCAUGAGCCUCUCGGAGCGCUGGUGUGAAUGCAACCCCAACCAUGGUUUCAAAGCAGUUGAUGUUGUGCACACCAUCUGCUACUCCAUUUUGCUUUUGAACACGGACCUGCAUUUAGCCGAUAUUGAAUCCAGGAUGACACGUAGCCAGUUUGUUCGCAACACGCUGCCUACCGUUAUACGUGUGUGCCAGGACGCCAUCAAGGCUGCAGGCGACGAGACACUGAGGCCCCAGUCUACGCAUUGCCGUAGACCUUCACUGCCCUGGAACGACAAAUCCGAGCCCAGUUCGCCAGGCCACGAGACUGCCCAUCUCACUACGGAUGGAUUAGAGGAGUCUACCGAUGCUAGGAAGACUCGCAGCCGGCUUUCUAUCCGACCACCUCCCAGGAGCGGCUCCGAGGGAAUGUCUACCUUUGACUCGGCCAUGUCCGAGUCCAACACACUUGUCAACACGCCUUACAAUGGCCCCAUGAAGGGAUGGGAAUUCCAGGUCGAGACGGUGCUCAAGGAAUUCUACGACUCGAUCCGCAAGCAACGGCUGCCUCUCCACGGGUCCUCGGAUCUUGUUGUCCACCAUCAGCCUUCGAACAACAACCUUUCUGUUUCUGGCAUGCUACGCCGCACUCCAAGUGUGCUGAGCAAAGCACCUUCUGACCACACCAGUUACCGGGGCCGGUCACAAAAUGACUUGCGCAGCAUGGGUAAUCGCUGGGCUUCUAAGAACCGCUCAAAACAAAGACUGUACCCUUCAUCCACGGUAGCCUCGAGCCGAACCAGUCUCGACGAGCAGUCAGUAUGGAGUCCCGCUGGCUCGAGCACUUGGAGCCGAUACUCGUACGGCAAAACCGGCACGUCCAUGUCUGUGGAUUCGCUCGGCUCUCAUUUCGCGGCAGGCGACUAUCAACAAGCCAUUGGGUUUGCCAAUGCUCUUAGCCAGGCCAUUAUUCGCGAGGAAGGCAUGACGAUUGCGAGCGACGAAGAAUUUUCCCGCGUUGCGCCACUCCUGGAAGACGAGACUCUGGAGCUUGUGGGAGCGCCUUGGGCAAAAGAAGGUAUUCUCAAACACAAGCGACAUCUCGAAGCAGUGGACAGAAAGGCCAAGGACCGUACGUGGAACGAGUGUUUUGCAGUGGUGGAAAAGGGUUGCAUACGGCUGUUUUCCUUCAGCAUGAACUCCAAAUCCGCGAGGCAAAAGAGCAAAUUGCGGCCAUCGACGGGUGGAGUUGUGGGUGGCGGCAACUGGAUGGAUAACGCAGAAGCCCUGGACAGUUUCCAACUCCGACAGACGAUUGCGAGUGCCCUGCCGCCGCCCGGGUACUCCAAGACGCGGCCGCAUGUCUUCGCCCUGUCGCUGCCCAACGGGGCCGUUCAUUUGUUUCAGGUGGGAACACCUGAUAUCUGCCGAGAAUUUGUGUGUACCAUUAAUUACUGGUCUGCACGUCUCUCGAAGGAGCCCUUGACGGGUGGUGUCAGCAGCAUGGAGUAUGGAUGGGGUGAAAACGUCAUCAACCCAGCUUUGAUCCGACAAGACAGCGCACCGUCGGUGCAAGGCCACAUGCCCCGUCCCAGUGUCACAAGCUCCCUUCGUAGUUCGAUGGACCAUGCCACGGGCGCGCCCAAGCCCAGACUGCCUGGUGACAAGGUGGUGCUCUCUGACUGGAGCCCACCGGCGUCGAGCAUGAUGGCCAGCACUCUUAUGGAGGUGGACCAGCUGCGAGCAUUGACUGACUACGUGAAGAACAUUGAGAACGAGCUCUCUCACCACAAUGAACUGAGGGCGCCUAUGCUCAUAGCGUUCUCACCUCGUCACCCCAAUGCGGCAAAGGCCAUGGCCAAUUGGGAGCGCAAGUCGCAGUAUCUUCUGCGGGAGAUUGUCAAGUUCCGCAUGUACAUCGACACGCUGGCCAACGCACAGGCGCAGAAACAGAAGAUUUAUGCCGAGCGCGAGGCUCGCGAGGCCGAAUUGGACGAAAGCAGCAAGGAGGCCGAGACGGGAGCAAAGGACAAUGAGGAUGAUGGUGCGAAUGAAGCCUCCAAGCCUUGUGCAUCCGAGCCCAAGUCGACGCCUCUCUUGUCUGCGCCCUUCCCCUCGCAUGCAUGAUGACCAGCACCGUUUGGUUUUGGCGUAUGCUGACGAUUGAUUUCUUUUUCACGAACAGUUACCCCUUUGAGGCGCACGAUAUGGCGGUUGCGACUUCUUCAUUCGUCGAAACCGAGUUUGCGCCAACGGCGUCCGCAUUCGGUGGCUUGAAGCCAUGCUACUUUAAUAUAAUAUGUACGAUCUUGUACGCUUCGACAUGUUGAGCUUUUUCUUCUUUUUUUUUCUCUUUCCUUCUUUCUUUCUUUCUUCUUCUUUUUUCUUCCCUAGACUUUUCCCCUAAACGAUUGCGUAUGAUUAUCGCGAGAGCCGUUUCCAGUGCGACAGCGACUCUGUAAGCGUUACAUUUUUUUUGUUUGUCAGCGUUGCAUGUGGGCUUGGGAAUGUUCAUGGUGCAUAUAAGGAGUGAAUAUUUUUGUAUUGUUGGUUGAGCGUUAUUCUUAUCAGCGAGUAGGAGAGAGAGGAGAGAGAG